AAUAUUACGCGACAGGGCGCGAGACAGCCACUGUUCAACCCGCGUUUAACCGGCUUGUUCGAAUCUCAGACCUGAGAUUUCGCUUCAGUUAUUUGAAAUAUCUGCGCCUUAAUAGCGCAACCUUAACGAAUACAAUACUUUAGAGAAAUCGUAGAAUUCUAUUCGUACGUAAACGAUGAAGAACUUGCUUCAGCCACUGGUCAUCGUACUGACGAUCGCAGCGUCCGUCGCUGCAGCGCCUUCGCGGAAUUUGAUGUCGCCCUUGGGUGAUUCAAACAUGGGAUAUCCGCUAGGAAUAUUCAAUGACCCUUUCGACUCAUCACAACUUCCUCGAGAGGAAAUAAUGAAAUUGCGGAGGAAUUUGGAUCGCAUCGGAGGCGGAAACCUUCUUCGUAAUUUAGAUCGUAUCGGAGGUGCACACUUGUUACGCGAAGCUCAAGAACCCGAGAAAUCUGAUUCGAGUCGAUUGCCAAAUGGAGCAAAAGUGAGCGAUGAAAACUCUGGGCUUUUUACGGGAGGUAGACAAUUCGUUAUUGAUCCUAAGGACGUACAAUCUUGGUACGAUGACCACCCUGGUGGGGACUUACUAACGGACUCGCAAUUUGGAAAAGAUCACAAAUUUCCGUGGAUCCAAAACUUUCGAGCUACGAAUGAUCGAAUUUAUCCUUCCGCGCGAGAAUUCCUUCCCUACUUCAAUGAAGCUGGUCAAGCAAACAAACAUCAACAAGGACAAUCGCUAAAAAAUUCCGCGGUCCAAUCGGUCCAACAGAGAAACCUCGAUCACAUCGGCGGUGGUAACUUACUGAGAGACGUCGGCGACCUGCAAGAUUACAGAACGCUUUCUGAUGACCGUGAAAACGCUCUUUACGAUUCGGAAAUAUCAAAUUACCGACCUCGCCAAGACAACAGUCUCGUGAGAUACGAACGCACGGGUCUCGACUCUUUAUCCGGAGCUACGUUCGGACAGAGCAAAAAAUACGAUCCAAGCACUAGGUUUCCAAAAACCGGAACGACGUACUUGAAGCCUGGAGAAUAUUUUCGUAUACUUGCUGGAGUUCUUCCGAAACGAAAUUUCGACGAGAUCGAUAGAACGAAUUUCGACAGUUUCGUUAAGAAAAAUGACAUAAAAAUUCCGAAACAAGUGGCUUCUCAUACGGGUGGAAAGGGGAAUUUUGACGAGAUCGAUUACGGAUUCAACGGUGCAAUCAACACUAAUUAAUAAUUGACGUGGAAACAGUCCUACCUUUUUUUGUCAUAACGGCAGCAAUUGGCUUUACGAUAAUUGUUUACCUGAAAUGAGAAACUGUCAAACAUGUAUUUCGUCCAAAUGCGAGGGUGAUAAUACAGAAAGUACAUACCUGUGUAUAGAGUACUUAAAGAAAAAAAUCAUAAGAAAUAUCUAUCUUACGAAUAAUUCAAAUAUUUAUUAUAGAGUAUUUUAUAAAUAAAUUUUAAUGGUAGAGUUGUCAAAUCUGAAUAGAAUUAAUUUGUGUCGUGCAUGCCCAAAGAUAUCUGGAGAUGCGAGAGCGUCUCGACGCCCAGUAUGAAGAAAAUAGUUUUCGAACGACAAAAGUAAAAAACUCGGAGCGUAUCUGUACUCGAGAUUGGGCGUACAUGUACGUACGAUAGUUUAUUAAUCGUUUAUGAACAAAAUUGUGUCCUCUUAUAGUGAAAUAAUGAGAGUUAUAAAAAAUAUUGUAAAUCGUUCAAAAAGAUGAGUAACUGGUUAAUAAAUCUACGUACAAAAUUGAAGUUAUUAAUUAUUGUGACGCAUUAUUGUUGAAUUGCGAGCUCUCGAACGAGGGAAGACGAUCCCAGUGGAGAAGGAACUUGAACUUUGAUUAUCGAUGUUGACGAUGCAUUAAUUUGUACGUAUUUUAUGAAUUAUAUGAUGUAUUAUGAAGAUGUUAAUAAUAAAACGAACUUGAACAAUGGCA